CAAUCGAAUCACUUUCGGGCUGCUGCCUCAGUUCACAUUUUGUCAGAGAGCAACGCGCACUACGGAAAAUCCUACCAUAAAACGGAGAAACUGUGAAACGGGGAAAAAACGAAAACAAAAUAAAGCAGUGAAGAAUAUGUGAAAAAUGUGUUCAGGCAUUUUCAUUGUUUUUUAAUGAAAAAUUAAUCAAUCAAGCGUAGCAAAGCGCAGCCAUAAAUAUGGAACGUCGCCGUGCCAUGAGCACUUAUGCCAAGCUCAAGGAGAAGCAACAACAACAACAACAACAGCAGUUGCUUGAUAACAACAACGACAGCGAACAGGAAGAGAACGAGAAUGAGGACGAGCUGCCAGCACUGAGUCGCUCACACUCGAUGCGUGCCUCCCUGCGGCGUCUGAAGAGCAAACUUCAUAGCCCCGCCCUGGCGAUGCAAUCGCCCUUUAAGCUGCGCGCCCAUUUGCAUUCACGCAGUCGCAGUGGCAACAACACCAGCAGCAACAGCAACAACAGUAAAAGAGCUCUGCAUAAAUCGAAAGUUGUGAAAGCGUUGCGAUUGUGGCAGGACAUCGAUGCGGUUACCGUGGUAACCAAAGUGAAGGGAGAGUUUGUGCCGCUCAAGAAAUCAGCCAUGCAGCACUCGGAUCAUGAACUUGGCAUUGAGCAACUGAUGUCGUCGCUGCCCGUUGGUGUUUCGUUGCCACGCAAAGCAUGCAAGCUGCUGCAAAUACCUGAGAGCUACUGUCGCAGUCCCAAGUUGGCACCGCAGGCCACACUCGACUCGGAUCUGGAACGCACUCUGUGCAUUGAGUCGCCGAAAAACAACAAAACGGAUUCAGUGCUGGCAGACAUCACACGCCACGCCCAGCAGGGCAUCUAUGGAUCAACGCGCAUGCGCACAGCCACCAUAAGGAAACCGAUGCCAUAUCUUAACAGUCACAACUUACUGCCCCACAACAAACAUAGUGAAAGUGAUACCUUUGAGUCUGUGAGACUGCGCGAUAAAAGCAACGCUUCGUAUCAGGAGAACAACAAUCAGGACAACUAUCCCACCUAUUAUCCAGCUGCCUUGCUGUCGCCACCGAGCAGCGCCUUUCGCUGGUCGGAGCAGCUGUCGCAGCAUGCAGCGGUAGCCAAGCUGCGAACUGCGAUCUCGUGCACCUCGCAGGAUCUGCGAGAGAUGGAAUUCCUGUUGCCGCCUCAGCAGGUGCAUCACUCCACGCCACACGCCACGCCUGCCACUGCCAUGUCCGGGCAGCCACAGCUCUGCAUCUCCCGCCACUCGCAGCCCAAGAAUGCCAAGUUGCGUGACGAGCAUGAGGAUCAUUCGCCCGAACUGCUGGAGGAGCAUUCGCUGGCCGUUGAUGCUGUCGAUGAAAACACAUCCUCGAACAAUCAAUAUCAGCUCACGGUGAAUCGUCAGCCUGUGGAGCUGCGCUCCAAGCUAAACUCUGCCGCUGCCCAGGUGCAACUCCGCUCCAAGAUUGCCUCGGGCAAUACGCCGCAUCCGCGUGUCAGUAAAAUGACCAAAAAGCAGCUGAAGCUUGCCCAGGCACAGCUGGAUAAGCUGACCCAAAGUAAUCUGCACUUACAUGCGCUCUUUUCGGCCGUGGAGAAUGGACAUCUGGACAAGGCACGCACCAUACUGGAGUCCACGGAUGUCGAUGUCAAUAGCAUCAAUACGGAUGGACUCUCGGCACUGGAUGUGGCGGUGCUCAGCAAUAAUCGCUCCAUGACCAAGAUGCUCUUGCAGCAUGGCGCUCUCGAGGGCUCUCAGUUUUCCGUGGAAAGCAUUGGCACUAAGCUGAAUGGUCUGCUCAAAGAUGCCGAGUCACGUAUACAUGAUCUCAGCGGACCGGAGGGACUGUGUCCACCCGUCUUCCAAUCGCGUCCAUCGAUAUCCAGCAUCAUAAUUGGCAAUACGGGUUCUUCGGUCACCGGUUGUACUGGCAACGAGGUGGAUAAGCAGAUUGGCAUUUGGGAGCGUCGGGUGAAGGGUCUGCGUCGCAUGCUCCUCGGCUGGGAUCAGGCGAGGCCACCAGAUGCGCCUGCUUCCGUGGUGGUCGAUGUCACCGGUGACAAUUCCAUCAGCUUGCAAAUACUAGAACCAUUCGAGGGCGCCAUCGGAACUAAAUUCAAAGGUAAAACCACUUGCAAAUCCCAUUCUCAUGCGUUUUCGCAUUCGCAUUCCCAUGGCCAUGGCCAGCGGAUGUGCAUAUGCCUGAGGUCAACCACAGAUUUGCGGUUGCCUAGGGUUGGUUUGGGGAUUUUGGCUUGCUUUGAUUUGACGUUUCGCUUGUUAACCGCAGUUCAAUGGUCAACACGCGCGGACUUCAACAAUGUGGUCGGCGAGCGGGAGCUGCUCGAUUGGAUUAGCUUCCAUGGUACCAUGGGUGCACAGUGCAACAUCUCUGGCCUCACUCAGGGACGGCGUUACUUCCUCCGCGCUGCAUGCGGCAAUGUCAAGGGCUGGGGCAACUAUCUAAACUCUGUGCCCGCAAGCGUUGCGCCCUCAACCUGGCGCGAUUUGGAUAACCGUGAAGAUCGCUUCUUUGGUCGGCAACGUAUUUUGGACAAUUUGUUUACCGCCGUGCGGUUGGCGCGUCCUGCAGAUGUCUCCGAGCUCACGCUGGAUCCAGGCAGUGUGCAACGAAGGAAUCCCAAAAAGAAAACUACCAUCAAACAGUUGUUUUCGGUGACCUCCAAGUUUCAAAAGACGUUGCGACGCGGCAUCUACUUCGCCUGCAUUGUGCACUGCGAUGACAAGGUGCUGGUGACCAGCGAGGACUUUCCGCCCGUCAUUGAGAUCGAUGAAUCGUAUCCAAGUGCGCUGCACAUCGACUACUACUGGCUGAUGAAGGUCGCCUGCACGUGGGAGGAUGUGAAAUCGCUGCGCUCAGAUAUGGAACGCAAUCUCACCUCGCCGGUGCACUUUCGCACCAAACUGCUGUCGGCCGUCUGUCAAAUGCAAUCCGCACUGGGCAUCACCGAUCUGGGGCAACUGUAUUACAAACCACUGCGCGAUGCGCAAGGAACUGUGGUGUUGACUUGCGUGCAGUCGGUGAAGAGCCAGAAGACGGUUUCCAUACUCAACUCACGCUGGCUGCCGGUUAGCAAACUGCAGAAGAAACUCGGUGCACUGCACGAGGAUUACAAUAUCAAUGAGCUGUUGAUCUCCAGCAUUGGCGAUCAGCUGUAUUAUCAGCAGGCAGCUCUGCAACGCCUCGAACCGGGUCUCUAUUUGGGUUACCUGAAGAUGCAGGCCUCAAUGGAUCAGAUACAGAUCGUGGUGCCAGUGAAGACACCCAAUGUGCUGCCCCAUUGUAAGGUGCGCGAGAACAGUCACAUCACAGCCGAGGAAUGGCAGGCGUUGCAUCGCAGUGACAGCGAUCCAAUGCGUUUGCGCCUGGACUUUAGUGCACCCGGCGAUGGGAAUGGCAACAAUGCUGCCACUGAGGUGCAGAGUUUGUUUCUGAUCGAUCUCAGCAAUGCAAUGCAUCGACUCUUUGCCAGCAUGAACAUCAAGCCAGCCGAUGCGGCCACACAUCGUCUCUACGAUGUUGAGGUGAUCGAACACAGUCGGGACAUCAGUUUCCUCAUCGUGUGUCCCUCGGUGGAGGCUUCGUGCGCAGUGCCCGGACAGUCGGAGCUGCUACUGCAGCGCGAUGAUCUGGCCAGCCUCAGUAUUCAGGCCUUCGAGAUGAUUCACCUGCGCACCUAUCAGCCAGCGAUUGUGCAGAAGUAUGCGCGUCUCUCGUGCAUUCUGGAACUGGACACGGCGAUGGCAACGCAUUCGCAUCGCGAGGCUUUCUCCAGUAGCGAGCUGCAGGCGGCCAAAGAGCGAUUGGCCACGCUGCAGGAUCUGAGUGCCAAUUUGACGCUGGUGUGGAAGAGCGUUCGCUGGCUCAUGGAUGUGGUGGCCUACGCCAGGAAUAAGCAUGCUCAAUCCUCGCUGCCCAUGCGCGACAUUCUGGAGUUUGCGCAUGUGCGUGGCGACGAAACAACGGGCAAACAGCUGCUGCAGUUGCCUCUACGCGAGUCCAAGUUCAACAAGACGGGACGUGGCAGCUGGCCGGGACCGGGAGCGAAUGAUGAGGCCGAGCGUCAGGGCAAGCCGGAGCACUCAAAGUCCGAGACGAAUCUGGGACAUAGUGUGCUAACGCCUGUGGCUGUGGAUGCUGUCGACAAGCAGUCAACACAACAGCAACAACAUCAGCAGCAGCAACAACAACAGCAGCAACCACAACAGCAACACCAACAACAACAGCACCAGCAACAACAGUUGCUGCAAGUGAGCAGCAAUGAAUAUGCGGCAUCCACCAGCUCUGAGAUUUCGUUGCGCAAAAACAGCGGCGACUCUGUGAGCUCCGCCUACACAGCACGCAGUUUCUACUCCGCCGCCGAUUCGGCUUCCGACGGCAGCAGCAGCGUCUUUGCCUUGCCCCCCUCGCGUUCCGACGACACCUUGGCCGAGGCGCUGCGACAUCCGGCGUCGGCCACAGCGCAACGCAAGCGCACCAGCUCCAACAUUGGUCCCAUUCCCACGCCUCUGAUCACUGUGCACAGCUCCAGCUCGGCGCCAUAUUUGGGUGGCUCGAGUGUCUCGCUGCGCACGGGCAGCGGUGCCUUUGCCACCGACUUGGAGCACAAACCUUUGAAGCCUGCUGCCGAGUACAAAGUGAAGGCUGCUUCGAGUGCGAAUCUACGCGAAGGUGGACUCUAUUUGAAGAGCUCACUCUCUGCGCUGCAGCCAGAGCUAAAGCCCGUGGGCAGCGAGGAACCGAUUGCCAGCACCUCGAAGGCAUCGUCGACCAAGAGUCUGGUGCAUCAGAGCAGCGAAGAGGACACGGCCAGCUGUUCCAGCCUGAAUGCCGAGCAGAGCUCGACGGGUGCGGGCAUCAUCCAGGUGUACACCGCCUACAACACGGGCUUGGCCAGCGGCACCAGCCUCAAGCUGCAUGUGACCCCAAAGACAACGGCACGGGAGGUCAUCAAUCUGGUGGUGAAGCAGCUCAACAUGGCAGCGGUGCUGAAGGGCAGCAAGGGACCCAUCUACAGCGCCGAUAUGCUGGACAAUUUCUGCCUGGUCGCAGUGAUUGGAGCCCGAGAGCGUUGCCUGCGCGACGACUUUAAGCCGCUGCAGCUGCAGAGUCCCUGGAAGAAGGGGCGUCUCUAUGUGCGGCAGAAGCACGAGCUACUUGCAGCCAUUGAGCACUCGAAUCGCAAAUCGCAUUUGAUCUAGAUGUGUAGUAUAUAAGUCAAUCACACACACACACACACAGCCACACACACACUCUUACACAUGGACAGACUUGUAUUGUUGUUGGGAUUCCUUUAGUUGCCUCUUCCCAGACAAAGUUCGACGACCAAUUCCCCAAAUUAGACUGAAUUACAUACAUUGCGUUAUAUGUAUGCAAAAUGACAACAAAUUAUGCAUUAUGAAAAUGGUAUUAUUAUAUAUUUUGAAUAGUUUUACAUCAUACACACACACACACACACACUACACACACACAUAUAUGAUGUACAUAUAGCACAUAAAGAAUGAUGAAUUGUUGUUAGUUUUUCUAGAAGAUGAUGAUGGCUUGAUUUAAGUGCAACCGAUUACACCAAUAUAUGAUAUAUAUAUAUAAUAAAACACUAUAUAUACAUAGCUAACUAGAUGUAUAUGUAUGUAUGUAUUUUUAUCGUACUAUGAUGUAUUUUUGUAGUUUAGUAAACAAGAACAAAAUGUUUUGAUUGUAUUUUUGUGGCAUUUUUAGGCGCACGGAUUUUUUUAUUACCAUAAAUAUAUAAAUUAUUGUAUUACAACAAUGUGUAUUAACGGUCGCUACUGUUAAAUAUCAAGAAUUGCAAGACAAGCAACCAGAAUUAAGUAUUAUUGAACAAAUGUCAAUAAACAACGUUUUAAAGUGUAAUAACCCUCUCUCUAUCUCACUCACUCACUCACUCUAUCUCUCACUCUCUCUCUCUUGAUGUGUGUAUGUGUUCGUUAAUGAUAACUAUUCCAUUCGGAGUGCACAAAAAGAAAAACAUACAUAUGUAUUUUAGCUGGUAAACAAAUAAACUAUGAACUAUUAAAGUUACAAAAUAUUUACAAAAACAAAAAAAUAUAUCUAGAUUGGCACAACUAAGUGUUGAAGAAGAAAAAAUGAUAUUAUAUUAUAGAUUAGACUAUCUAUCAAAGCGCCGCAAACUAGUCCAGAUGAUUUUCUGUAUCGAUCUUUUAUAUUUUUGUUGCUUGUCUUCUGCAUGUCCUUCUUCCUCAUUUGAAGCACCUCCAUCCAUAUAUGAUAGAAGUACUUGUAUUUUGUGUGAGUUUCCCAUUAACUUUACCUAUCUAAAUGUGACAAGUUAGUUGAUGUCUAGAACUAAUUACACAUAUUAUAAAUAGAUGUACAUGUAAAUUAGCUGCAGUUCUUCAAGUCUAUGUCUUUACUGUACAAAAAAAUGGUAGUUGAACAAAACGUUAAAUGUUUCCUCUCGGUUCAAUAUGAUAACUACACUUACAACUGUAACAUCUAAAUAUUAUAUUUUAUUGAACUUUGAAAUUGACGGCAACCUCAUCAUGAGUCCAUAAAAUAAAAAUGAUAAACGUAAUAAUCGCAUCUCUGUUCAGAGAUUAAGACCAAAACAAUGUUUUUUGUAAAUAUUUAUUCAUUUUGAAUGGCUAAACAAUUUUGAUAAAGUUUUUUAUUAUGCGUUCAACAACAGUCAGUCAAGGAUCAGCAACGAAAAUAGCUAGGAAUUAGCAAUCCCUAAAAAAAAUAUAUGAAUACAACUGCUCAGUUCAAUUGAUCAAAUUAUCAGCAGAAAAAAAGCAACAACGAAUGCUCCCCCAAAAAAGAAAAAAACAAAUACAAUUCGAAUUUAAUUUCUAGAUUUAGUUAACUAUUGUUAUUGUCGUUUGGUAAGCAUAAUUAAACAAUCUAAAUUGUCAAAUAAGUCGCCGUCCGUCCCCAAAGAGAUCAAUUGGUUUUCUGCAAAAAACUGAAACCAAGAAGUUUUUAUCGAAAAAAAAGAGUAUUAUUUAUGUCGGUGAGAUUAGUUAAUGACGCAAUCUAAUUGUAACUAAAUUAAUUAAGAGAUAUUAAAGGUUCGAAUACGAGUAUGCAUAUGUAUAUAGAAAGAUUUAUACAUAUGUGCCCAGUAAUAAAUUAUAUAAUGAGACAGAGAGAGUUGAUGUAUGUACGAUUAAGUAGUUGCUAAAUAUAUACGAGUAUGUAUAUUUAAACCAAUAAAUAUAUAUGUAUGUAUGUAUGUAUGUAUAUGCAUAAUACAUGUUUGUAGAUUAGCUAAAAAUGUCUUUAGACUAAACACUGACCCAACAACUAAGUAAAUGAAUAAGAUAGUAAAACUCUUAUCAAGUGUUAAACUCAUACUCUCUCGUACUAACUGCAUGUUAAACAAUCCUAAUCGAUUCUGUUUUGUGUAUUUUGGUGUGUGUUAACUAUGUACAACAACUAAACAACAACAGCCAUAAUAUGUAACAACAAAAACAACAAUAACAAAAAAAACAAAUGCAACAAAUGCAAUGAUGAUUGUAUGAAAUACACGGCAUUAUCUUAGAGACACUGGAAACGUAGGAAGAAAUGUGUAAAGCAAAUGAUGGGAGGAGUUAUGCUCGAUACAAAGCAUACUUAUUCAAUUAAUUUAAAUAAAGACUUAAUAACUGUUAUGGUGUCAUUUCGAA